GCCGCCGCCGCCGCUCGCUCCUCCCGGUUCCCGCCGCCGCCGCCGCCGCCGCGCCGCUCCUCCUCUCCUCAGGGCGUCGCGGCCGCUGCCUCCUGCGGGCUGUAUGAGGAGGAGGAGGCGGAGGAGGAGGAGGAUGUGAAGAUGGCGGAGCUGCAGAUGCUGCUGGAGGAGGAGAUCCCGGGGGGCCGCCGGGCCCUCUUCGACAGCUACACGAAUCUGGAGCGGGUGGCCGACUACUGCGAGAACAACUACAUCCAGUCAUCAGAUAAGCAGCGAGCCCUAGAAGAAACCAAAGCCUACACCACCCAAUCCUUAGCGAGUGUUGCGUAUCUGAUAAACACCUUGGCCAACAAUGUCCUGCAGAUGCUGGAUAUCCAGGCAUCCCAGUUACGGAGGAUGGAAUCUUCAAUCAACCAUAUUUCACAAACAGUUGAUAUUCAUAAAGAGAAAGUUGCAAGAAGAGAAAUUGGUAUUUUGACUACCAAUAAAAACACUUCAAGAACCCAUAAGAUUAUUGCACCAGCCAACCUUGAGCGGCCAGUUCGUUAUAUUCGAAAACCUAUUGAUUACACAAUUCUAGAUGACAUUGGACAUGGAGUAAAGGUGAGUACCCAGAAUAUGAAGAUGGGUGGGCUGCCACGUACAACACCUCCAACUCAGAAACCUCCAAGUCCCCCUAUGUCAGGAAAGGGGACACUUGGGCGGCACUCCCCCUACCGCACACUGGAGCCAGUGCGUCCUCCAGUGGUACCAAAUGAUUACGUACCUAGCCCAACCCGUAAUAUGGCUCCCUCGCAGCAGAGCCCUGUGAGGACAGCUUCUGUGAAUCAAAGAAAUCGAACUUACAGCAGCAGUGGGAGUAGUGGAGGGAGCCACCCCAGUAGUCGCAGCAGCAGUCGGGAGAACAGUGGCAGUGGGAGUGUGGGGGUCCCCAUCGCUGUCCCCACGCCAUCCCCUCCCAGCGUCUUUCCAGCCCCUGCUGGCUCUGCUGGCACUCCUCCCCUUCCUGCUACUUCUGCAUCUGUUCCUACCCCUCUUGUUCCUGCUACUGUCCCCUCCUCCACUGCCCCAGAUGCUGCUGCUGGGGGUGCACAGACCCUUGCUGAUGGCUUCACUUCUCCAACUCCCCCUGUUAUUUCUUCCAAUCCCCCCACAGGUCAUCCUGUUCAGUUCUACAGCAUGAAUAGGCCUGCCUCUCGCCAUACGCCACCUACAAUAGGGGGCUCGUUGCCCUAUAGACGGCCUCCUUCCAUAACGUCACAGACAAGCCUUCAGAGUCAGAUGAAUGGAGGGCCUUUUUAUAACCAGAAUCCAGUAUCUCUUGCUCCUCCUCCUCCUUCCAUCCUACAGGUAACUCCUCAGUUACCUUUAAUGGGAUUUGUGGCCAGAGUCCAAGAAAAUAUUUCAGAUACACCACCUCCACCACCACCUGUGGAAGAGCCAGUCUUUGACGAAUCCCCCCCUCCACCGCCACCUCCAGAAGAUUAUGAGGAGGAGGAAGCAGCUGUGGUUGAGUACAGUGAUCCUUAUGCUGAAGAGGACCCACCAUGGGCUCCAAGGUCUUACUUGGAAAAGGUUGUGGCCAUUUACGAUUAUACAAAAGACAAGGAAGAUGAGCUGUCCUUUCAGGAGGGAGCCAUUAUUUAUGUCAUCAAGAAGAAUGACGAUGGUUGGUAUGAGGGAGUUAUGAAUGGAGUGACUGGGCUCUUCCCUGGGAAUUACGUUGAGUCCAUCAUGCACUAUUCGGAGUAAAGCUCAGCACAGCUGUGCUUUCCUUGCAGGAGGUCAGGUCUUCCCAGAUUAACUAGAGGCCCUGGGAAUUUCUUCCCAGUGAGACAAAUGAAACAUACAAAUGAAGUUACUUCUUUUAUUACUAUGUUUUGGUUCAUCCCCUAGUAUUCAAAACAAAACAUCAAAGCCAAGUCUGAACAAAUGGAUCUUCUUGCUGUCAUUUGUCCGAUGCUGUCUGGGUUGAAAAUGUGACCGUUUCCCAAUCUAUAGACGGCAUCACAACAUAAACGUGUAGCUAGAACAAACCAGAGCAAGACUGGCUUGAGAAAAAAGUCUGGGGUCUUUCUCAGGAAUCCUGUACACCCUUGGAUUUCUCUUCCUGCAGAAUCUGUGAUGUUGGGUGUUCACUGCCUCAGUCUUGGGGUUAGCCUCGUGGCCAGAUGGACACCCUUGCCCCUUACUUUCUUCCACUAUAUGGAGAGGAAGGAACCAGUGUUUAAAUACCAUGUUUAACUACUUUUUGAUUGUUUCAAAGGCUGUUUUUCUUUAACACUGUAAAUCCUGUGUUCUCUUAGCACUGGAGUAUGCUAGGUGAGUUAAUACUGGACUCCCUUGCAUCCUGUCCUGUUUGUAGAUUUUAAGGAUGACAUAAUGUGAAAGUCUCCAAACAUUCCCAGGGCUAACAGUCACCACAGUUUGAUUUUAAUGCACUGUUGCAUGAGACUGCAUUGCCAAUAACAGCCGGUUUGUGAAAUGUGGUAGGCACUUGUACUGAGGUGGGUAUGUGAAGUUGGACACGAAGCUUCCUAAGGCUUUGAAGGGAAGAGCUCCAGCCUUUCACCUUAGGUGCUGCUUCUGGGAGUAGGGCUAGGAAGUCAGACCAGCUCUUGCUGUUCUUUGGAUACUUAAAACAUUUUUUCCUCCUUUUAAAAAGAGACUAGUUGUCAGGUCUCUGGACAGUCACUGGAUAGGGAAUGCCAGGCUGCUACUGUGCUGUGGACCGUUAUCAAUGGCAGUGUUAGCUGAUGCUGAGUCAUUUUUAUUCUCUCAGCUGUAGAAAAGUAAAUAGUCUCCUGAUUUGAAGUGAUUGGACUCUAAAGUAGACACUCCUAGUAAGAAUCUGAACCUUGGGAUUCAGACUAAAGGGUAGUGGAAGAGACUAGGACAGAAUAUUUACCCACUCAACACUGAUGAGAAUCAGUGUGAUGUGGAAAUGAUUGGCAUCUCCCUCAUUCACAAUUAGUUUAAAUUCAGUGGAGUUUAUAUGUCUGGUGGCUUUAAUAAUCACUUCUGUAGUUAGUAUAAGAAAUACUUGGGAAAAAAAAAAAGGUAGGUGUUGCUGCCCUGUAGGUGAAUACCAUGGUGAUGGGCGAGUUUGUAUUUAGGCUCAAAGCUCCAGUGUGGAUUCUUAUCAGUCCAGUGAGUUGGCCAGAAUGAAUCUGGCUGGGUAACUUCACCUGAAGAAUGAAAAGGAAGAGGAAGUAAUAGCUGUCUGUAAUUCAGAUGCAGGCCUUGAACGUGCUGGUUAGUGAUGCUAGAAGAAUUUGGUUGAAAACUGAACAAGUGUUGUAGAUGUGAAAAGCAGAUCAUACAGGCAGAAGCGAACUCCACUUAGAUCUGUUAUCUGAGCCUGAGGCUUCACUGUGUAACUGAGACCCAAACAGUUUCCUUCCCAAGACUUUUUCUGCUUUAAAGUUGCAGUUGUUUGUUUCAGACAUGGUGUUCCUCCCGCUCUAGCCUCCCAGUGCUAGGAUUACAAGCAGGAGCCACUACGCUAGGCAGCAGGCCCCCCUCCAUUUUGAUGACAUCACACAUCAGCUGUCAUACUGUAGAUUUUUCUCAACACUUUGGAUUCAUCUUUAACUUGCUUCUAGUACCCUUUCUACUUCAUGCUUUGUUAGGUGUCUUGACUAUCUUCAGGAUAUGUCCCUGAAUGUCCUCUGAGCCUUUAGCUCCAUUAUGGACCCAGCAAGACUGUAUAUGAACAUGUUUAACUUUGCUUGUAUUGGUACAUGGAAACUUAUGAAAAUAGUUGCACUAAUUAUUUAUUUGCCUUUUGCUGAGUGAGCUUAGUGGAUAUAUAAGACGAUGUUUGGAAACCCAGCAAAUAACUAGCUUGUAUUGUAUAGUUACAGAAACAGCUGGUGGUGGGCACAGCUUACCUUCUGGACCCCUGCUGAACUGGGGUUUGCAGAAUACACUAGUGAUGUACUUGGUGCUGAAGACUUGCACUGGGGGUAGUAAUCCAUGGGCCAGCUGAUUCCUCCACUUGUAUUGAUGAGUACUGAUGCCAUUUUAGAAAAACAAAAACCACUGUCUGUUGGCUUUUCUUUCAUUUUUUUUUUUAAAUUUCAGUGUUGAAUUCUAUAAAUUGUCUUGGAAGGAUACUCUGUAACAAUGAGCCAGGCCUAGAGUAAUUGGAGACUUUUAAUGUAUGUAAUAUUUUGUAGAUUGCAUGCUGUUAAUACUGUGAGGUUAUCUCCUGUUUUAUUGUAAAAUUGCCCAUUUAUUUGCCCAUAAACUAAAAUAUGGUCGAUACUAAGAAUUUUAAACGAAUGUUGAAACUUAGGUGACCAGUAAGCAACUGCUUUACCAGGACACAGGUGCUCUGAGGGCGCUAUCUUUCCUGAAAUGUCUGAUUCUGUGGACAGUUCCUUUACCCUGGGGGGCGGGGGGCAGGACUGGACGUUUGUCUCUUUUUUGCUAUUAAUAUUUGAAGGUCCAUGGAUCUGAGUGAAAAUACCUUGUGUUUGACCUUAUAGCUAAGGCAAAUUAGAAGCAAAAACAGUGCCAAUGUUUGAAAUCUAGACCAAGAGAUUUCAGCCUGCUGUGUUUGGAAUAAAUACGAACUUUUUAAGAUGUCUCCUACAGUAUUUUCCUUUUGGCUACUUCCUUCUGUCUUCCUAAGAGGUACCUGCUGUUCCAGUUUUGGGGUGGGUACAGGACUGCUGCUUUUGCUGUUCCUAAAAGCCACUGGGUGAUACUUCAUCCCUCCUUUCCAUCCCCGUCCUGCUGCUGUGUACGCCCAGCUGGAGACUGGCUUGUGUCUUUACAGUCUGCAGUAGAGUUGGACUCUAACCGUUCUCUGUUGAUAAAGAGGAUUCUUACGGAUGGGGCAUCACAGUGAUAGCUCACCUGUUUUCCAGUUUCAAUGUUCUUUAAAGGUCCCUUCCUGCAGCACAACUCUUGCUUUACCUUUAUUACCUUCUCUCUUACGGAGAGAACAUGGUGUGUCCUGAAGACCGCCUUGACUUCUGGAAAGGGCUUUGGUGAAGAAAUAAAUGGUAGGUUGACUGCCAAAUCUUUGAAAUGAAUGGGAGCCGUUCACUUCUGAAUAGCUUUGGCCAGGAACUCCUAAUGGGUGUGGAGCUGACAUUUCCCUAACACUGUUUACUUGGUAUCUUAGAAUUUUGGAACUAAUAAGCUUUAAAGAUGUUUUUCCAGUCUCACUUUAACGAUGGGGUUGAUGCUUUGUUUCAGAUAAACAGCUAGUUAGCUCUUGACUCAGCUCAGUCUUCUCUCCACUGUACCAAAUGUAAUUCAAUGUGCUGUAUUUUUCUUUAGAAAUCAUGAGUUCUUUUUCUCAGGACUAUACUUGAAAAGAUAUGCCAUGUUUUGAUAAAUAACCACCCAAGUAUUCAUUUGCUUCAAGUUUAAGUGCAACCUGAGUGGAAAUAAUCUUCAUUUACCCUUCUAAAACUUCAUUCGUAAACACCUUUCCAUAAAGCUGUGUGUAGCAAGAAGGCAUUGUAUUUAGUUCUACCCUGGCAGGAGCAGAUCAGAGCACAGCACAGUACACAGCCUUACUUAGGAGCCUUAGAGAGUCACUAAAUGGAGGCAUUGAGCUUGGCUAGCUAAGUUUACGUUAUGCUCUUUGUUUUAUUGAGAAUCUCUAUUAAAAAAAAAUCAACAA